CCGGCCAUCACGAGAUUCACUUCAAUCGAAGUCAAUGGAAGCAAACCAUCGUCUUCUCACCUCAUCUUCCUCGGAGUCAUUGGCAUCCCCAUCCUGACUCCGAACCGCAGUGCAAUGUGAAUCGGCAAAUCCCGAUCCUUCCCAGCCUACCAAAGGUCCAUGGCUCAACCUCCCCCGCGCCUCAUCUCCAACCACCCUUUCCCUUGACAUCAUCGCAGUUUGCGACGAGUCUUCCCCUCUACCUACACACUAACAAAGAGCAUACCAAGCCAAUCGCUGCCAUGCCCCCCAAAAAGCGCAGCGCCCCAAGCAGCGGCCCUGCGCCCAAACGCGCACGCCAAUCCAAACUCGCCAAAGAAAACGACAUCAGCGCAUCGGAAGAAAACGAAAUUAAAGAAGUUUUCCACCUCUUUUCCGAGACCGUCGAAGAAUUCGCAGAUCAAAAGGAAGGCGUGAUACCCCGCGGUGAUGUCCGCAAAGCUUUAGUAGCCCUCGGCCUCGACCCCACCGACAGCGAAGAACUUCACUCCAUCAUUGAGGCCGUCGACCCCACGGAUACGGGGUAUGUGCCAUACGAGCCGUUUCUGGCUGUCGCGGCGGCGAAGCUACGAUCUAGAUCUGAUGAUGCGAUGGCGGCGGAGGUGGACGCGGCGUAUCGGCUGUUUACGAGGGGGUCUGGGGGAGUGAUCACGUUGAAUCAUCUGAGGAGGAUCGCUCGCGAGUUGAAGGAGGAGGAGCUGGGGGAUGAGCUGUUGAAAGAUAUGAUUUUGGAGGCGAAUGGUGGUGCGGGGGUACAUGCUGGGGUUACAUUGGAGCAGUUUCAUGAUGUUAUGACUAGGGCUGGUGUAUUCUGAUUCAUCCUUGGUUCGUUUGAUGGAUAUAGGGUGGGUUGUUCGAUAUUUCAGCGGGCGUUGGGUAUAUGUUUGUGCUGUUACUGGGGCUUUACUUACAAUCUGGAACAGGGAGUCGGGGCAUACGGCAUGCUUGGGAUUAUACGGGUGCGGUUAUGGAGUGUCAAAAAACAAUGUACUUUAGCUAUAAAGCGGUGAUCAGAUAUCAAGUACAUACA